AGUGCAGCCCCCUGGAUGAUCAGCAUGACAAAGCACUGGGGGGGUCAAAGCCUGCUGGCACCACCCGCUCUCUACCUGCGCUCUCCUAGCCUGGGAGGCCACCACGACCAUCAACUUGACUUAGAGAUCCAUCCUCUGAUUGCCACAGCGCGGAGCUCUGCAGCCCAACACGGGCCUUCCUACUCGACUCAGGUGCCAGUCCAACAGCCUCCACGGCUGGAAAAGCUUGCCCCUGCCCAGUCCAGCUGGGCCACAGCGCCCAUGGAUAAAGCGAUGCUGCCAAACCACCACGGACCGCCCGGAUCAUCCCACCAGCCGUCGCCCGAGCUCAACAAAGAUGGGCCGAUCAAGGAGGAAUCUUGGGACCAGAAGAAAAAUGCCAACGGUGGAAAGAAAAAAAACUAUCAGCGCUACCCCAAACCACCCUACUCCUACCUCGCAAUGAUUGCCAUGGUCAUCCAAAAUUCUCCAGAGAAGAAGCUUACGUUGUCUGAGAUUCUAAAGGAGAUCAGUACACUUUUCCCUUUUUUCAAAGGGAACUACAAAGGCUGGCGGGACUCAGUGCGACACAACCUCUCUUCCUAUGACUGCUUUGUUAAGGUACUGAAGGAUCCUGGGAAGCCACAGGGGAAGGGGAACUUCUGGGCCGUGGAAGUGAGCCGGGUGCCUCUGGAGCUCCUCAAGAGGCAGAACACUGCUGUGUCACGCCAGGAUGAGACCAUCUUCGCCCAGGAUCUUGCUCCUUACAUCCUGCAUGGGCACCAACAUAAGCUAGAUGCGGAGCCCCUGGCCCUCCCACCACCAGUCAUUGUUCUACCCCGAGGACCCAUCACAACCCCCCCUCCCGGCCCCUCUUUCACUGCUCUAUCCCCCAUACCCACCAGACAACUCUCCCUCUCUCAGGAGGAGCUGUACCGGCCCAAGCUGGACUCGUCCUUUGCCAUUGACUCCCUCCUCCACAGCCUGAGGCCGGCCAGCGAAGCAGGAGAACCCGACAGGGGCAGGGACUGCUGGGGGGUCGAGCCCCACACUCGUCCCUCCCCUCCUCCAUGCGCUCGCUACUCCUCCUCCGCCCGCAGCGCCUCAGCGAGCUCCGUCAGCCCCGCCUCGUCAUCCGAUGAGGACUGGAGGGGCGUGUCGCAAGGCGGGAAGCAGGUGCCCGAGGGCGAGGCAGGAUCAGAUGGGUACGAGGACUGCAGGCCCCCUCCACACAAGACUGCCCGCCGAGGCUGCCCCCCUCCCUGGGAGCUUCCCACCUCAUAUGCCAAGUACACACCGCCCAAUGCUGUGGCCCCGCCCAGCAUGCGUUUUAACGGAGGCCCUCUGAUGCCUCUGGGGAUGCCUCUGUAUGGUUACGGAGGGUCUCCUGUCACAUCCAGCCAUUUUGUAGGUCAUGCCUACUGGCCCCUCUUAGCCAGCGGGCGCCCUCCCCUCAUAAUGGACCUGGACACUAUGCUCCAGUCAGUACCGCCCAAUAAGAGUGUGUUUGAUGUGCUGGGUCCACCCAAUCAGUCGUCUCACCAGCCGGCUGGUCAGUAUGCCUUGCAGAGUGGACCCCCUCUCAGACGGUAUCCCCAUUAUUGACUAUGACUCAAAUCAAACCAGUACCAAACAUAUUGUAAGUGCAAUGCAGGGAUAAGAAUGACCUAUUCGUACAAACUUAACUCUGUGUCCACAUUUAUUCAAUGUUUACGGAAGACCAAAUUGUAAAUUCAAAUGUACAACCACUAAUAUCUCCCUAAAAUAUACAACCACUAAUAUCUCCCUAAAAUAUACAACCACUAAUAUCUACCUCAAAUAUACAACCACUAAUAUCUACCUCAAAUAUACAACCACUAAUAUCUACCUCAAAUGUAUAACCACUAAUAUACAACCACUCAUAUCUACCUCAAAUAUACAACCACUAAUAUCUACCUCAUUCUUAUGAAAUCAGUUAUCUACCUCAUUCUUAUGAAAUCAGUUAAUACGGGGAUGUUGCACUGCCUGAGUUUGCACGAUUGUAUUGUCAAUGUGAUUCAUUUUUCCUUUUAAGAAAUCUCUCUAAAAUGUUGCCUACCUCGACUAUUGAAUGUGUUUUUUCAGUGGAUUUUCAGAGGGAAAGUAUUUUCUUCCCUUUUGUUUUUAUGGUUGUCUUUUGAAAAGCUUGUACAGUAUUUUAAGAUGUAAAACUGCACAUGAAGCCAGUAUUGAAAAGUCAGC